AUGGAGCAUGCACUGAUCAGUAGAAGGUUCCCAACUGAUCCCAAUGAGUAUAAGUUAUAUGAGGAAAUUGGAGAAGGCGUUAGUGCCACAGUAUACCGAGCUCUUUGUGUCCCAGUUGACAUUUUGGUUGCCAUCAAAGUGCUUGACCUUGAGAAAUGUAACAAUGACCUGGAUGGGAUAAGACGGGAAGUGCAAACUAUGAGUUUGAUUGAUCACCCAAAUCUUCUUCGUGCAUAUUGCUCAUUUACAAAUGGGCACCAGCUUUGGGUUGUCAUGCCUUACAUGGCUGCUGGAUCUGCUCUUCACAUUAUGAAAACUUCUUUUCCAGAAGGGUUUGAUGAGCCAGUCAUUGCUACUCUUUUGCGGGAAGUUCUGAAAGCGCUUGUCUACCUACAUUCUCAAGGACAUAUUCACAGAGAUGUCAAGGCUGGAAACAUCUUAAUAGAUACAAAUGGAGCUGUUAAGCUAGCAGACUUUGGAGUGUCAGCAUGUAUGUUCGAUACUGGAAAUAGGCAAAGAGCAAGAAAUACAUUUGUAGGGACGCCUUGCUGGAUGGCUCCUGAAGUCAUGCAACAACUGCAUGGUUAUGAUUACAAAGCUGACAUUUGGUCCUUUGGAAUAACGGCAUUAGAACUAGCACAUGGUCAUGCUCCAUUUUCAAAGUACCCUCCAAUGAAGGUGUUGCUUAUGACCUUGCAAAAUGCACCACCAGGUCUAGAUUAUGAGAGGGACAAGCGGUUUUCAAAGUCUUUCAAGGAUUUGGUUGCUACAUGUUUAGUCAAGGAUCCACGCAAGCGUCCUCCUUCUGAAAAGCUUCUGAAGCAUUCUUUCUUUAAGCAUGCUCGCUCAGCUGAAUAUCUGGCACGGAGUAUUCUUGAUGGCCUCCCUCCGUUGGGUGAACGCUUUAGGGAACUGAAGAGUAAAGAGGCUGAGUUGCUUCUCAAUAACAAGCUUGGUCAAGAGAGCAAGGAGCAGCUAUCACAGAAAGAGUACAUAAGAGGCAUCAGUGGCUGGAACUUCAAUCUAGAGGACUUGAAAAAUGCAGCUGCCCUUAUAGACAGUUCAAAUGGCACUUGUUAUUUAGAUGUCAGGGAGAACAAAGUUAAGGAUGACUCACAAGAUGCUUACAAUGCCCCAGAACAUAUUUACCAGGAAAGGCUCAACCAUGUUGCUUCUAGAAGGCCUGAAGAGGAUGAGAUACAAGAAGUCGAAGCUUUGAAUGAUGCUCUCUCCUCUUCGUUUCCAAGCCGCCCCCUUGAGGCACUAAAAUCUUGCUUUGAUGUUUGUGGUGCUGAUGAUCUGGACCCUACUGCUACUGAUUCAAGAGUGCAACCAAGUGUCGGAACUUUACCUUUCGAGCAGUUGCAAAAAAUUGAGCAUUGUAAAAGUGCCAACUGCAAUGGUGAAAGCUUGGAAAGAAGCGUUUCUGUACGUACGAAUCUGGUCACUAGUGGAUACCACAGGCAUUCAAGUGGUUCUCUUAUACCUGAGCAAGUUCUUUCUCCCUACUUGAGCAGUGAUUUGGAAAGGGAUGGAUUUCGUCAGAAAAAUCCAAGCAGCAGGAACCGUAGUGGCCCUUUAUUGUUCCGCCAAAUGAAGGAUUCACGCACACAUCAAUCUGAUCCAUUUUUGAGAGCAGUUGCGCCAGAGGAGUCAUCAGAAGGGAAAAUUAUCCGUCGAAGGGGGCGCUUCCAGGUUACAUCAGAUAGUAUUUCUCAAAAGGUAGCUGCAUCAGCCUGCAGCAGCAGCAACAGGAUAAAUCUACCAAUUGAAGCAGCAUGUUCAAAUCCCAAGUUGCCUGCAAUUCUUCCAACUUUGCAAUUCUUGAUGCAGCAAAAUACUAUGCAAAAGGAAGUACUCAGUAGGCUGAUUUCUUCAAUUGAGGAGACAUCUGAUGAUUCUGAAGCAAGCACAAGCGGUUCAUAUCAGUCUUCUGGAGGACCUGCCAGAGAAAAGGAAUUGCAUUCAUAUGUUCUCCAAUUGCAGCGAAGUGUCACUGAACUUGAUGAGGAAGUGCAAAGAUUAAAGCUCCAAAACAAUCAGUCAGGGUUGUAUCAUUGUAAGCUGUAA